UCCAAAAUUUUCAUUUGAACGAGUCUUUUCUUUUAUGUUAGUUUCUUCAUUUCCGUGCUCCUGAUUGCGUAUACUUGAUGGCAUAAUAGAUUCUUAUUUCCUUCUAAUUUAGCGGAAUAAAGCAUUCUCAGGUUAAUUUGUGCUUUUUUGUUUUUAUGCUGAUUAUCAAUUAGGGUUUUAUUAAAAAUAAAUUAAAAUAAAAUGCUUAAUUUGGAGAUAUGAAGAUGAAGAAAAGGAGAUCAGAUCUUCUUUAUCUCCUUUGGUUUUUAGACUUUUAUCUAAGUUCAUUAAUACUCAUGAUUUUCAUCGUGCUUUUUUGCGGCUUACAGUAUUUUAUUUUUAUUAGUUUUUUGGAAUUCGCUGAAGUUUUGCUACUUGAGGUGGGAACUUUAAGUUAAAUAUAUCUAAGGGAUGAAUUUGAAAUGCCUGAAUUUUAAGCGAUAAACAUGGAAUUUAUAAACUAAUAUUGAUAUAUAAAGUAGAAUAUAUGUUAUAAAUGGAAUUGGUUUGCAGUGAUUUAAUGUUAAACUGUUAUGACUGAAUUCUAGUUUUGGAAUUAACUUGCAUUGCUUUAUCAUGUGCAAUGGCGUUUGCUUUUGUUCUUUACUUGGGAUCUUUAAAUCGGUGUAUUAUUAUUUGCGAGUAGAAACAGAAGAGGAAAGUUAUACGAAACAGUCAGGUAGAGGGAUGAUUAUUUUGUUACUUGGACUCAGAUGUGAGUAUUGGACGCGGAUAUAUAUCUGACAUGGAGCAGAAAAAACAAAAAGUUUCUGAUAUAAGAGCUGGAUUGGAGAAUGCAGAAGAUCUGAUUCGGAAAAUGGACCUUGAGGCAAGAAGUUUGCAGCCAAAUGUCAAGACUAUGCUUCUUGCUAAGUUAAGGGAAUAUAAAUCGGACCUUAACAAUCUGAAAAGCGAAGUUAAAAGAAUUGCAUCUGGCAAUAUAAAUCCAGAUGCUCGAGAUCAGUUGUUAGAGUCUGGAAUGGCUGAUGCACUCACGGCAUCAACUAAUCAAAGAUCAAGACUAGUGAUGACUACAGAGCGAUUGAAUCAGAGCAGUGACAGAAUUAGGGAUAGUAGAAGAACCAUGCUCGAAACAGAAGAGCUUGGUGUUUCCAUUCUUCAGGAUUUGCAUUCGCAGCGACAGGCUCUCUUGCAUGCCAAUAACACGCUUCAUGGAGUGGAUGACAACAUUGGCAAGAGCAAGAGAAUUUUGACAGCCAUGUCAAGGAGGAUGAACCGGAACAAGUGGAUCAUUGGCAUCAUUAUUGCAGUUCUUAUCAUCACUAUUGCCGCUGUUUUAUACUUCAAACGUGUUAAAUAGGUAGUGGCAUUCUGCAUCUUCACCAUCUUGGCUCUGGGUGUUUCUGAGAGUGAUAAGUUUAUUUUGUCCUUGCAAUGUGCUUCAUUAAUCCACAGACUCGGUUUUAUUCAUUCAUUCAUUUCAAUUCUAUGUGGUGAACGUUAAGAAAGAGGUUGACUUCAGUCCUUGGAUUUGGGACUUCCUUUUAAAGAUUUUAUCAUUUAUUUGGAGGAUAAUGUGGUGUCAGACAUACAAAGAAAUAAAUGUUGUUUAUAUACAA